GGACGAGUGGCUGAAUGCUCCUGGCCAGAUGAUCACGCUUCCUAACGGCAGGAAGGCCUGGAAGAGACAGAAACUCGACUGCGACACGUUCUUGCAUCUGAAGUACACCAGCCGCGUGAUGGAGCCUCUUUCUGUCAGGAGGUUGGUGAAUGAGGUUCUUAGCAAGGUAAUCGGGGAUGGCACGGCAACAUGGCUAGAGCGCGUCAGGAUCGGGUGGACCUACAAUCCGAAGAUAGCCUCCAGACUGUGCAGACCAGCGGAGACGUAUUGCGAAUUCGACGUGGCACAAUGGAUGGAGAGCUACCAUCCCGAUCAAUGCCCCUGCAGGACGCAAAGAUACAUGGACAUGCGCAGCAACUGGUCAAUAGAGUUGCUCGAGAGUGAGGGCUGCACGCACGUCAUUACGAUGGACACGUCAAUUACCAAUAACCUGCUGCUACAAGGCAUCAUCGGAGCCGGCCUCAACCAUAUUCCAUGCAUGGCCCUGGAUGUGGAGGAAGCGAGCGUCGAACUAGGGAACUGUGUGGACGAGCUGUUCGCACGAGUCAUGGAGCUAAACGACCUUAAUGUGUCUACCAGAUCAUUCCUGCGAAGAGUCAUCAUGAAGAAGGCGAGGACGAAGAUGGAAAAGUAUCGCGCUGCGCACUGGCAUGCUGUCGCUGAGCCAUUCGAGCACCCGACUAAGCUUGCAUUCCAGAGGCUGUCUGGACCGGAAUUUGCCAGCAUCAAUGCGCCACCAGCGGCCGUCAUCGCGCGGAUACGCGAUGAGCUCUUUGCGCUGCCUGCGCUCCCCAUUGCGUCGGCGGCACUCCCAUACCUCAUAACAGUUCUCAAGGCGCACAAGGGAACGUUCCGAUGGAUCACGAACACCGCCAAUACCAUCAUCUCACCGGUCACGGAAGUCUGCGCGUGUCUGCUGAGGUUCAUGCUCCCGCUGGCACAGACCUUCUGUCAAGAGAGGAGCCUGGAGGUGGAGGAGCGUUGUGGCGUCAGACCGAAUCUCUGGUGGGCCAUAGCCUCGGUGGGCGAACUCCAUGCGAACCUUCCGGAAGAGAUCUACUCGGUGUUCACAGCCGACAUAACCAGAUGCUUCGAAGCUAUCCCCACAAACGGAUUGGAGGAAAGUCUUCUUGCUGCGGUCAGGUUCUACGUACAAUGCGCCAUGCAAAUCCGGAGGGAGAGAAGUUCCUGCCAUGCCAUUCGUAUCACAUUUGGACAGCACGGUGGGAUUUGGCCUUCAUGGGUGGACGAUGGGCAACCGGAAGAGGAGGGCACACUACUGUUCAGGGAACGAGACAUCUGCUGGCUCUCGGAUUGGUGUAUCGGCAACAACAUACUGCGCAUGGGGGACUACGUUUGGAGGCAGGUGAGGGGGAUUCCGAUGGGGCUGGCCUGUUCCCCAAUCUGGUGUGAUAUAUACUUUUUCAAGUAUGAAUAUCACGCCAUGAUGAGGUUGGCGGACACAGGGAAUGCCCACCUGAUACCGUGCUUUGAUAGCACAUUCAGGCAUAUUGAUGACUUGGGGGCGGUCAACAACGCCGCCAUCAGUAGCUUCCUGCGCAACAAAGGCGAGAGAGCGGCGGAGGACCCGUGCUGGAUCUAUUCGGAGGACUACAUCGAAAUAAGAGAGAACACGGCGCUGAAGGAAGAGGAAAGCGGGCGCAUCGCCAACUUCCUUAGUCUCACCAUCAUAGUCACCUCGCCAAUUACAGGCGCCUAUGCAACCACCAGACAUGACAAACGCAGCGGGCUGGGAUUUUCUCCGUGCAGGUUUGUCAAAUACAAGUCCAACAGGUCUGUCAAGCAAUCGCUUCAGAUCAUCACUGCGCAAGUUGCGCAGAUACUCAUGCUAUGUUCGAAUCUAGAGGACGCUGCCAAUGAGAUCGCCAAGGUGGUCGCAGCGAUGGUGGAGAACGGCUUUGCCAGCGAUGCAUGUUGGAGAGUGGUUAAGAAGACCUUGUGGAAUGCCCACCUCUACCAGCCGGGAAAACUGUCUGUGCAUGUGGUUAAGGAGGCCCUGACUAAUCUCUAUGGAUUGACGGACUGACCGACGUUUAUUUGUCUGUGGCUGUGUAGGUGUGUGAAUGCGUGUGUGUGUUCGGUGUCCGGGGGAUGGCUGGUCCUAAGGGGCCGGCUGUUCUCCGGACAGC